AUGGGAAAUACUGAAAGCAAUGUAACAAGCGGUGUUAAAAAACAAGCAGGAGUCUCAACACAAGCUUUAUAUAAAUUUGUAAAUCUCAAGGGUGGCGGUUUGUUGGUCGAUAUGAUGAAGAGGGCUUGUCAAACUAAGCAAUUUGCCGAAAUUGAUCAUGCGAUCAAAACGAAAGUGGAGCCAUUUCUUUACAAUAAAGGUGCGGGAAGAUAUUUCCCUAUCUCGAAAAUGGUACUCUUACGCAAUAAAGAUCGUACCCGUACCAAACAACUGCCAGAGAUAAGAGCUUUAGAAAAUCCGGACGAUGACUUUAACAUACAUGAUUAUUGUACGGAGGUAUCAGAAGCGGAAUAUAUAUCGAAUCCCAGUGCUUAUCGUUUUGUGUGUUGGAAUUUGAAUGAACGUGGUGCCGUAGGUGAAACGAUAUUGCAUUUAUGUCUAUUGAAUGCCUCUUCCUUGCACGCUGAUUUAGCAAAGCGUUUACUAAAAUUUUAUCCAAAACUGAUUAUGGAUAUAUAUCUAAGCGAUGAAUAUUAUGGUGAAAGCGUUUUGCAUAUAGCCAUAGUUAAUGAGGAUCCUGCCAUGGUUAAAUACCUGCUAGAUGCGAAUGCUUAUGUGGAAGAACGAUGUUGUGGCGCAUUUAUGUCGCCGGAAGAUCAAAAGGCGUCACGCUAUGACUCGCCGGACCAUGAGUAUGUCGGUGUUAAUCCAAUGACAAAUUAUGAUGGCUACGUCUAUUGGGGCGAAUAUCCAUUAAGUUUUGCUGCUUGCCUUUCGCAGGAAGAAUGCUUUCGUUUAGUACUGGCUCGUGGUGCCGAUCCCGAUCUUCAAGAUACGAAUGGCAACACCGUACUGCAUAUGCUAGUUAUUUAUGAAAAGAUGGAUAUGUUCGAUGUGGCCUACGAGGUAGGCUCGAAUAUACAUAUUAGAAAUGUACAAAAUCUUACUCCCUUAACUCUGGCGGCCAAAUUGGGACGUGUGGAAAUGUUUUUCCAUGUAAUGAGUAUCGAAAGAGAAAUCUAUUGGCAAUUAGGCAGUAUAACCUGUGCCGCAUAUCCUUUAUCGAAAAUCGAUACCAUAGACGAAAAGACCGGUAAUAUUAAUAAAGAUUCCGCUUUAAAUUUUGUUGUAUUUGGGGAUAAAUUAGAACAUUUGGAGCUCUUGGAUGGUGUAGUCAUUGAUUUAUUGAAAACGAAAUGGGAUACAUUCGUCAAAUCGCGCUUUUACAAACAAUUCUAUAUGUUCUCAUUUUAUUUUCUAUUCUCAUUGGUAAGCUUCAUUUUACGACCCGGCCCGCCAGACAAAGAGGAAGAAACUGAAGAUUCGAAUGAUAAAUCGAACCCAAAUGUAACAUACUAUGCAAACUCUAGAGUUGGCGGAAUUCAAAGCAAAACUCUGGCAUACAGUAAGCCGCGUAUUAGUAGAUUAUGGAAAAAAAACGAAAUUAUUUUUAUUACAGAAACCUUCUGGUUGAAUUUCAGCGAGCACAGCAACAACGAGGUUAUACUCGAUGAUUUACCCACCUGGUGGGAAAGUUAUGCGAAAUGUCCUCUAAUGAAUAUGGAUAACGAUCUAGCCAAGGUUCGGAUUAUAGCAGAAAUUGUUAUAUUUUUUGGUGCAAUUUUAUACCUAUUGGCCGCUUUGAGAGAGGCCCGCUUUUUGGGCUAUAAAAUGUUUGUAGAAAACUUGAUGACUGCUCCUUCUCGCGUUAUGUUUCUAUUUUCCUGCUGUUUAAUGAUGGCCAUACCCUGGUUACGUUUAUCGUGUCUCACAGAGCUGGAUGAUCAUGUAGCUGUCCUUAUAAUGUUGACCACAGCUCCAUACUUUCUCUUUUUUUGCAGAGGUUUUAAGACCGUCGGACCUUUUGUCGUUAUGAUCUAUCGUAUGGUUAUGGGUGAUUUAAUACGUUUCGUAAGCAUUUAUUUAGUCUUCGUUAUGGGCUUUUCGCAAGCUUAUUACAUUAUAUUUUUAACCUUUGAUAACCCUGCCACUCCCGAGGAAAUCGAUGACAGUGAAACGAAUCCUAUGCCUUCACCUAUGGAAUCAAUAGUGGCCAUGUUUUUGAUGUCUCUAACAAAUUUCGGCGAUUACUACAGUGCUAUGGUUUCAACGCAACAUGAAUACGAAGCAAAAAUUCUCUUCUUUCUGUUCAUGGUUAUUGUAAGCGUUCUUCUCGUCAAUAUGUUGAUAGCUAUGAUGGGCAAUACAUACCAGAAAAUUGCUGAAAUCCGUAAUGAAUGGCAACGACAAUGGGCUCGCAUAGUAUUAGUAGUAGAACGUAGCGUGCCACCAGCUGAAAGAUUGAAAAAUUUCAUGCAUUACUCUCAACCUAUGUCGGACGGUCGCCGAGCUUUGGUCUUGCGUUUAAAUAUGAGUGAUGAAGACAAGGAGGAAAUGAAGGAAGUUCAAGAAAUGAAACGGAUUCAUCAGCGUUUUGCUAAUAAACGUCAAUAUGAACGUGAAAAUCGUGCAAAAAAACGCCAAGAGGAAUAUGAGAAAUUUUUCGGAGCUUCAUCAACAAAAUUUGAUUAUGAAGAUAACGGCAAAUGAGUAAAAUGCGUUUCUUAAACUGAUAAAAUAAUUUUUGUUUAUGUAAUAUAAUUUAUAUUUUGAAACAAAAACUUUUAGAAUAAAUCCAUAUAAGAAAAAUCGAGAAAAAAACUUCAAUCCCGAUCUGUUCUAAUAAAAACUGUUUUAUAAUCUAGUACCGUCCAUAAUCAUAUCUAAGAAUGUACGCUGAUAUACCUAUAUAAGAGACCGUAUAAGUACUUAAAUAAAGUCGUGCACAAAUGCCGGAAACCUUAAAGUAGAUAGGGAUACUAUUUAAUCUUAAUUUAAUGAAAAUCGUGCGUACAUAAACAAGCAAGAGAUUUGAAUUUGGAGCCUUCCGUUCAAUUUUAAACUACAUGCCUAGACGCCAUUGUACAAAUCAUGCCAUAACAAUCUCUCCAGCAUUCCGUUUUCUUUAAUGUCUAGAAACACUUACUUAAUGGCUUCAUAUGGAUUUUUAUUAAAUGAGUUGCGCAAUUAUUAUGAUUUUUAUUAUUUUAAAUAUUAUCAUUGUAUAAUUGAGUGGAAGGGGGGCGUGUAUGUGUAUAUAUAUGUAAAUGUAGCCAUUAAUUGGUCUUAUCCCUAUAUAUAUACGAUAUUGUAAAAAAUUAUUAGUUUUCAAGAAGAUUAGUAUAAAUAUAUAUCAAAUUUUUGUGAGUAAAGUGCAUUUUUUUUUUUUAAUACUUUUGUUAGUGAGUCUUAAUACGUGACAAUCAAUAAUUAUUAUACAAUAAUUAUUAUAUGAAUGUUUUGUUCUUUGCUUAGAAGUUAAACCAAAAUUGAAAGUCGCUAGGGUGAUGUUUACUUAAUGUUAAAAAAUUGUAAAUUAAGUUUCAAUAAACAAAAGGACGCAAUCGUUGUGAAAAAGUUUGAGUUCAAUUAGAUGAUAUGGUAUAAAAAAUGUAUUAAAUUUUAAAAAUGAAAGCAAAAAAAAGAAAAAAAAAA